UUGGAUACUCACAUACGAAGGGGACACAAUAUUGUCUUCUUGCUGAUUACUUUCUUCGGUAUCAUCGAGUUUGCUAUCUCAGCCUGGCUCACGUCACAAUUUGACGUGCACGAUAACUACUUCAGUCUAGCUGGACGAGACUGCACUCAUUUUCUAUUGUUCACUUCAACAUGGACGAUCAUAUUCUCUAGUUACCGCAUGUUUUUCUUCUUUCCUCCUCCAGACAGUGUCUUGGGUAGUAUGGCUUCUCAUAUCUUCUUCCUGUGUCUAACAUGGGUCUUCUGGACCGCGGGCGCUGCAAGUAUAACUGCAGCUCUCGGUGGUCAACUGAAUCGCAAUGCCCAAAGCCUUUCCGUGUAUUGCGGUCAACUGAUCGCGCUAGAUGUCUUUGCCUGGGUUAUUUUGGUUCUUGUAACUUUCGCAAUCUUUGUCGUACACACCCGCGACAUUCUCGCAUCAGGUCGAGGUGACGGAGUACACGGGCCACAGAUUGCUUGA